ACCUCUUUUGUUGACCCUCAACCACAAGUCAGUUCAGCAAACAUCUCAUGAAAUUAGUCACAAUGAAUGGUAGGUUGGGCAUACUGCAUCAAAGAGGCCAUACAAGUCAGGUGAGAUUUUACAGGACUGUAUAAAGAGGGUGCUGACUACAGGCGGAGGUACACUAUGUGCCAGUCUUCUGAGGUUUGGGCACGUUUGUGACAUUCACCAAAAUGGCAGACUACAGUGUGCUUCUGAGCCAGGACGACUUCCUCUUCCAUUUUAAUAAUUUGUUAUUGGCAGAGGGCCGGAACGCAACAUACUUGUUCUAUGAGGUGGAAAAUUCCCCUGGCUUGACUGGACUCUUUAAAAAUGAUUUAGACCAUGCAGAGAUAAAGUUGAAGUCUUUCAUGGAAAGCUUGCCUCCUGGACGUCACACAAUCACUUGCUACAUCUCCUGGUCUCCCUGUGCAGACUGCUCCAACCAGCUGGUGGAGUUCCUUAGAAGGGAGAAAAACAUUACGCUUAGGAUCUUUGUGUCACGCAUAUACUACUACUAUGACAUAGAAAACCAAGAGGGCCUGCAAUCACUGAGAGACGCUGGUAUGGAGAUCAAAGUCAUGCAUGAAGAAGAGUUUGAACACUGCUGGAAGACCUUCGUUGACCAUCAGCAAAGGGAAUUCCCGGGCUGGGAUGACCUGGAUGACAACUCGUAAAUAUACAUUACACUACACUACAUACUGGAUACAUCACAUUACACUCAAUCACUCAUUACACUCAAAGGCAUGCAAACCUUAAUCUGUCUGUGGAAAAACCUCCCAAUUGUCAUUUCGGAGGGGAAACACUGCUUUGAUUUUGAUUUGAACAUUUUUUUCAUCUGCAUAUUUCAGAAUAUUUCCCCCCAGUCAUAAUAAUGUGGAAAUCCUGUUUUUCUCCUUGAAAUGAAAAACACUCAUAAAACUCAUAAAAAUGAAAAACAACAUAAAACGCACCAUAAAACCACCAACAAAGAAGUCAUGUGCAUCACAGUCAUCCCUCACCGCAUCGCAGUUCUAAUGUUCCAACCAAUCGUGCUGUUUUGUGGUUGAAUACGGUCUAUUAUUAAUCAAAAAUACAUGAAAAUAAAGAAAAUUGUAUGUAUUUUUUGCCUAACUAAGCAUUUCCAAGCAUAACAAUGGCUAAAUGAAUUAAAAUACAAACAUAAGCCAUUUAAGAAGACGCAUUCCAAACUGUGAAUGUAGGAUUAGUCAGUAAUUGACAAGCACCAGACUUGAUUGCCAAACCAACAGGAUUUUUUUGUAGGUGUAUCUCACAACAGGCACAAUUAUAGUCAUCAUAAUAAUAAAAUGGGAUACGUUUGCGGCCGCAACCAUACCAAGCUAACACCCAACUCUGAAUCCCCCGAUGCCACUUCCUGUCCACAGAAGAUAUUUAUUGAAACGCACACAAAUACGAUCUACUAUAUGGGUGUUAUUCCAUGUCUAGAGGGCUCUAAUAAUGUUAAAAACCAUAAUUACGUACAAGAUCGCAAACAAGUUUUCUAGGCCAUAACUAGGAAAAUGUUACAUUUAGAAAUAAGGAAUCGUACUUUGCGGAAAUUCACUUAUGACGGUCGGGUCUGGAACCAAUUAACCUCGAUAAAAAGGGCUUACUGUACUGUAUUGUGGAUUUUAUAGCUAGAACGUAGCAAUCAUUUUUAAGCAAAGUAUAGUGGUACCUGGGUUUUCGUUACUAAUUUGUUCCAAAAGGUCAGGCGAAAACCAAAAUACAGAUGUCCCUCAUUUAUGGCAGUUAAUUGGUUCCAAACCCGACUGUGAAUUUCCGCAAAGAAGGCUUCGAUGUUAAUAAAUGGAACAUUUUCGUAGUUAGAGCAUAGAAAAUCUGUUAAUGACCUUCUAAAUGCAGUUCUUACCAUUAUUAGAGCCCUGUAGAGAUGAACUAACACCCCUACAGUAACCUUUACACACCUAAUAUUCUUUGUUUACAGCGCAUUGCUCAACUGUAUUUCGCAGGCUACGGGAUUACUGCAGGGACAGAAAGACGGCCGCCGCUUUAAACGUAGCAUUCUACCUAGCUAACUAGUUAGCCUCCAAUUUUGUUUGUUUUUCUAAAGUGUUUCAAAUGGAGUGGGGAAGAAGGACAAAGUAAGAAGCAAAACGUAGCACUUAUUAUUAUUAUAAUUAUAGUUUUACUAAAACAAUGUGAAAUAAUCUUAAAUGACGAAUGGAUGGUGUGAGGAAUGGGCAGUGUGAAUUUUGUGUGCUUCACGUUUUGUUUUUUAUGUUUUUCUCAGGAGGCAGCUGAGUAUGGCCCGCUUCUUCCGGAACAUAUAAAUGUGUGCACAUGCUCUCGCCGUCUCUGUCUAGGCUCUACUCUCUGCUCUGCUUUACACAAUCGCCUCCACCUUUCUGUCGCGCAAAGUCACACACACGUCGGUCGCGCUCCUUGGCCGCUCAGCUGCUUCCUGUUGGCGGCAAUGCCUGAGCCGCAUUUAGCAUUUAGCUUUUUGUUUGACAUAGCGAAACCUGUUUUUGGUUUUAUUUUGUUUAGGGAAUUGUUUGUUUUUUUUGCACUUGGGGUAGCGGUGAAGGCGACAGGACGACAGCCCUGUAUAGUUGGCCUGCUCACCUCACCGUCUUUUGUUUCUUUGGGUUGGCUCACAGACAGUGAGUCAACGAGGCAUACGGUGCUUUGUUUGAGCCACUGUUGCCAAGAAAAGUAGCUACUGGCUGUCCUACAAGUCGCUAGAUGUCGUCUAAUUUGCAUAUCACUUGCAUAUGAUGUUGUAAAAUGCUGUAGGAAAAAAGCGUAACCUCGUAGAAGAGACAAAAAAUGCGCAAAAACACCUUAAUUAAGUUUAGAAUUACAAAUAAAAUUUAUUCUUGUUUGAUCAUUUAAAAUUGGCCAUAAUUUCAUCAAAAUAAAAUAACUUUAAUAUUUUAUCUCGGCCAGCGCCUCUCAAAGUUCUUGGCCAUUGAGAACUUUUUAAAAUGAGUCCAACUGAACAGUGACUAACAGAUUAUGCUGUGUUUAUUCUAUGGCUCACAUUUACAUGACUCAGUGUGGUUUGUGAGUAGCACACUCUUCUGAAUAUAUGCAAAUGCAACUGAGCUGAAAUAAAUAUAAAUAUAAAUAAAUAUAAAUAUAGGCUCAUCAAUUACACUAGGUCCCCAACUGACGAACACAAUUGGUUCCAGACGACCGUUCUUAUGUUGAAUCGUUCUUACGUCCGGGAAAAGGUAAUAUUCCCAAUGACAUAGGUACUACAUGUACGUGUAUACAUAUACAGUAUAUGCGUAUGUGUGUAAAUAUGAGUUUGGAUGCAGUAGUAAUAUUAAACAAGGAUAAUUAAUGAAAAAACAAUAAUAAAAGUGAUAUAAUAAUACGUAAUCAUAAAUGUUAUUUACCUUUGAAGAGGAGUGGUCGAGCAUACGUCGUUGUGGUGGUGGAGGAGGAGUUAUUGAAAAAAAGGACAAAUCGUCGUUGUUGUUAGACUCUUCUAAAAGAGGUAGUGUUCUGUGGGUGGUGUAGAAUUAAGCAGGCCUAUUAACUCUUCAUAAACUUUAAUCACACGCUCUGUCCGGGUUGUACAAUUUAGCUUUCCAUUUAGCUUUACACUGUAUCUCCCCAGCGUCUAACUCUUCCUCUGUUGGUCCCAUUAGCUCUAAGGCUGCCUGUUGGUCCCAUUAGCAGUGUCACAGUGCCCUCUACUGGUCAAGCAUGUACAGUAGCAGUAUAAAUACUGAUUGAGCGACUCAAAAUAAAAUAAAAUAUAAACCAGUCGGCUUGUGUUCGUAUCCGCAAAUGUUCUCUAGUCAGGUGUUCGUAAGUUGGGGACCUAGUGUACUUACAUUUAUCCAAAGAAUUGUAAGAUAAUCCACUUCGUUUUACAAAUGAAGAGUCACAAUAGACUAACAAUAAAACAUAAACACAAUAAACACACCCUCCCCUUUUGUCCAGGCUUACUGAAGAUUAAGAAACAUUUGCAUUUUAGAUCUCGCCGUGU